UGCCGGCAGACAACAAAAGGGGGGAAAUGAUGAAUUCAGACAAUUUAACUUCCCAAAGCUUCCUCUCUGCCAUCCACAGCAACGCCAGCAAUUUAUUCUCAGGGCUCCAGUUUGUUCAGUCCUUCAAGCCGCUCAUCAUCCCCUGCUACUCACUAGUGGUUUUUAUUGGUGUCAUUGGGAACUACCUGCUCAUUUAUGUUAUCUGCAAGACUAAAAAAAUGCACAACGUCACCAACUUCCUGGUAGGCAACCUGGCUUUCUCAGACAUGCUCAUGUGUGCAACCUGCGUGCCCCUGACCCUCGCCUAUGCCUUUGAGCCCAGAGGGUGGGUGUACGGGCGCUUCAUGUGCUACUUUGUUUUCCUGAUGCAACCUGUCACUGUGUUUGUGUCUGUCUUCACCUUGACUGUCAUAGCUGUGGACAGGUACUAUGCCAUGGUGUACCCCUUCCGCAGGAGGCUCACAAUCCCCCUCUGUGCUUAUAUCCUGGCUGCCAUUUGGCUGCUGAGCUGUACCUUGGCUGCCCCUGCCCUGGUGCACACCUACCAUGCUGAGUUCCCAGAGCUGGACUUCUCGAUCUGCGAGGAGUUUUGGUUCCACAUGAAAAGAGAUCGUUUGGCUUAUGCCUACAGCACCCUUAUCAUCACCUAUGUACUGCCACUGGCUGUCAUUUCCCUGUCCUACCUGAGGAUCUCAGUCAAGCUGAAAAACCGUGUGGUCCCAGGCAACGUCACCCAGGGCCAAGCUGAGUGGGACCGAGCAAGGAGGAGAAAGACCUUUCGCUUGCUGGUCUUAGUGGUGGCAGCCUUUGGAGUCUGCUGGCUGCCUCUGCACAUCUUUAACAUGAUAAAGGACAUAGACAUCAGCUUGAUUGACAAGCAGUAUUUCAACUUCAUCCAGCUGCUGUGCCACUGGUUUGCAAUGAUGUCUGCUUGUACCAAUGCCUUCCUCUAUGCCUGGCUCCAUGACAGCUUCAGGAGGGAGCUAAAGAAAAUGUUUGCCUGGAGAAAGAAGAAAAUUGGACCCACUACAAACUGCAUUAUGGCCAGUGUGGUGCUGUGAACAAGAGCUGGUGGGAGUGCACUU